AUGCCCACUCCUGCUCAAGAAAUCCAAGCACAAGUCUCCAAAGAACUUGCUGGCUUUGUCACUAUCAUCGUCUUGGGUGCCUCUGGUGACCUUGCAAAGAAGAAGACCUAUCCUGCCCUUUUCAAACUUUUCCGUAAUGGGUUCUUGCCUGAAAACACGCACAUUGUUGGCUAUGCUCGUACCAAGAUGACUCAUGAAGAUUACCUUGGUCGUGUGACUCAAUACAUCAAGGCCGAUGAGAAGGAAGUGGAAAAGUUCAAGGCCAUUACUACAUAUCAUUCAGGAUUGUAUGAUGAUGACGCGUCGUGGAAGUCGCUUGACGACUAUCUUGUCAAGAAUGAAGCGGAUCGUGGUGUUUCCCAGGGUCAUCGCAACCGUGUCUUUUAUAUGGCGCUUCCUCCCUCUGUGUUUAUUCCAGUGGCCAAGGGUGUGAAGAAGGAGGUUUACUCUCGUGAUGGUGUCAAUCGACUCAUUGUUGAAAAGCCUUUUGGUAUGGAUACCGAGAGUUCCAAUGAAUUGGGACGUGAGCUUGGUGCAUUAUUCAAGGAGGAAGAGAUUUACCGCAUUGAUCAUUACCUCGGCAAGGAAAUGGUCAAGAACGUCAUGACCAUGCGUUUCGCCAACAUUUUCUUCAGCCAAGUGUGGGAUCGCAAAUACAUUGACAAUGUGCAGAUCACUUUCAAGGAACCUUUCGGAACCGAAGGUCGUGGUGGAUACUUUGAUGAUUUCGGCAUCAUCCGGGAUGUCAUGCAGAACCACUUGCUUCAGGUGCUCUCGCUUAUUGCUAUGGAACGUCCAAUUUCCACCGAAUCCGAAGCCAUUCGUGAUGAGAAGGUCAAGGUGCUAAAGUGCAUUCCUCCUGUCACCAUUGAUGAUGCUUUGCUUGCCCAAUACGUGGCUGCUAAUGGCAAGCCUGGUUACUUGGAAGAUGAUACCCUAAAGAACAAGCAGAGCCGCACGCCCACUUUUGCUGCAUUGACAUUAUGGGUACAAAACGAGCGAUGGGAAGGUGUGCCUUUUAUCAUGAAGGCGGGUAAGGCUUUGGAUGAUGCCAAGGUGGAUAUCCGUAUCCAGUUCCGCAACGUUGCUGGCAAUCUUUACAAGGGUGCUCCUCGUAACGAAUUGGUGAUGCGUAUCCAACCCAAGGAGGCUGUGUACAUCAAAUUCAACAACAAGCAGCCUGGCUUGUCCUACCAAACCAUUCAAUCGGAUCUUGACUUGUCGUACCAUGAGCGCUUCACUGACAUGGCUAUUCCUGAUGCUUACGAAUCACUUAUUCUCGACGUCCUUCGUAAUGACCAUUCCAACUUUGUGCGUGAUGAUGAAUUGGAAGCCGCUUGGAAGAUCUUUACCCCAUUGCUUCACCGUAUUGAUAGCGAUUCAUCCAUUCCCGUACGCACUUAUCCUUAUGGUUCUCGUGGCCCUGCUGAGCUCGAUGGCUUUGUCAAAAAGUAUGGCUAUGACAGAUCCAACGCCAACUACACUUGGCCAGUACAAAGCGUGGCUCCUGGCAACAAGCUGUAA